ACUAAGUUGUAGCUCUCAACGCCAAUUCGUCUGAAGAAGAACAGUUGUAUUAUCUCCGCUGCCGUCGAUACUUGUAUUGCAACAUAGCUUGUAGGAGCCUAGACUUACUUACGUAGUAGUGUUUUAAGCAGUUGAUGAUUUGUUACGUGUUGAUUAAAAUAACAAUAUUAUGUUCCAUUUAACUUCGAUAAGCGUUAUCUCAGCCUUCCCUUGCUAGUCAUUGGGCACGUACCUUUAGUAAUAAAACGACGUCUAUUUUGCAAAUGGACCAAGCAGUAAGGACUCUAAAUUGUACCUAUUUAACAUUCAAUUUAAUGUAGUUCUAACCGCGUAUAUUGUCUGUAAACUUACUGGCGUACGUACGUGUAUCUAGCACUUGAGGUAGCAUAAUGUCUGACAUUGGGUUGCAUAACUAUAUUUUACAAAUACUGUUAUGUGUAAGUCGAUGGCGAGCGAGACGGGCGGUGUUGUAGUAGAAGCUCACCAGACAUGUAUGUUUUAAUUAUCUUGUUACUCCUGAUAUUGGUCCGCUUUAGACCAAGUGUAUUUAAGUCGUCGGUAUCGAGACGCAUCCUGUAUCCUCUACGCAAAUUAGUGCUGCUACUCCCUUGGUAGCUUUCCAGUCCAAACCUAAUUAAAAUGUACCACAUGUCCUCCACUAAACUCACCAAACACUUCCAUUGUGGCUGAACCUGUUGGCUUCCACAUUGAGUAAAUGUCACUUGUAGGAUGUGUUCAGUUGUUGAACACAAGUCAAUUUAAACUUUAAAAAAGAAUGAUGACAAUUAGCUGUCAUUGUAUUAAGCCUAAUACGCAUUGAUGCAUAUAUGUCAGGUAUAGGACAUCCUUAGUUUAUCCAUUAUUGGUCUUAAAAUUAAGUGCACAGAUGAUCAAGAAACCAGACUUCAAAACCAAUUGAGGAUAUGCCGAAGGAAAGCUCUAGGGAGAGUGAUAUCAGGUGGCACCUGUUGUGAACUGGCUAUAGAUACGAUUGCAUUGAGCUAGUUGUAAGAAAAUAAAUAAAUUGAACAUAUUGCAUGUAAAGUAGAUGCCGUAAAUGUCAUAAAAAAGUUAUUGUAGAGCAUCCAAACAAGAAGAUAGAACAAAUGGAAACAAAUUGUGCGUUGUUUCUUUAACAGCACUGCCAUUGAGGCCUACCCAGAUUACAGUUAAUUGGAUUUGGCCACACCUUGUGACACUGCAGAACACGUCCUCAGAGGGGGAGAGGGGAGGAUAAGAUGGUGUCCUAUUAGCAUUAGUAUGAUGCACAGUCAAUUUAGAGGGUGAUCUCUUUUCUUCUCUCACUCUCCUGCCAAUAUGUUAAUUCAAGGUACCACUUAUAGGAAUGAUCUGCAAUUGCUGCAACAUAUAGAAUAUUAGUUAUAUAAUAUACAUUUAUUCACAUUUUAUCUAUGUUAGCAUUUUUCAACAUCAGCUGAUUUGUUAGGACACAAGGUUGCAGGACAGCUGCCCAGCAGUGUUUCAUCAAAAGACAAUUUCCUGCAUCUAUAAAGAUAACUUCUUUGUCACCUUUCAAACCAUUGGUCAUUAAAUGAAGAGACCUGAUGUUGACAUUUUUCUGUGUUGUUCUUGCUCUCUGAACUCUGUUAGUUAUUGAGUCUAAAGUCUGUGUGCGUCUGUGUCUGUGUUUACCCGUUGCCCUUUCAAGAUAUCAAUCUAAUGUUGGUUGGAUUUCUGGGUUAAUCUAGUUGGCAAAUGGGACACCAGCCCUGCAUAAGUCAAAUGGAAGUGGUUGUGACUAUGAGGUGGGAAUAGUUAAAAGUAACGCUUAAAGCAAUUCACAAGCACUCAAAGCACAUAAACGCUGAUUCACACUUUAUGCAAAUGAAUGGGAUUAUAGCUGAAGGUGAGUCGCUGGCGGGAAAGGCUUAGCGUACACUCACUUAAUGCCUCUCCCCCUAAUAUUUUCCUGUUUGCUUUGAGAAGAUAUGACCUUUGGAUGAAAUGAUGUUCCAUAAAGACGUCAUUCAUAAGGACACCGUAUUAUUUAAACAUUAUUUCCGCACAGGCCAGACUCAGACAGGUGGCCGCAGGCUGAACCACAAUGAGCCACAACCGUGUCCGAAGCUGGUUAGGGGCAUGUAAUACAGUUGCAUGCCCCUAACCACACAUCGGAUUCCAAAGUGUGUGGAUAACCAUUGCAGUGGCAUAAUGUGAGCAGAUUGUGAGCUAUACUCCUCUACAGCUAAGCUCACACAAUCUUUUUCUCACAACUAUCUGAUCCGUCUAACCGCUCAGCUCCACCUCAGUCAACAUUUAAUUCAUCUCGGACACGCCGCCAUUACAACGAUUUUCAGACAAGCCCCGGGACUUUGUGACUUUUUGGUUUUAAGAAUAGAACACAAAUACAGCGAUUGUUUUCAUGCCAGAAGCAUGACGGAGCAGGAGCAGGCAGAGGAGACAGGCACGCUCGCAACCCAUGAUCCUGACCCUGCAAAGGAGGAAGACACGCAUGGGAACUUCAGGUUUCAGCUGAUUGAAGACCUAUCCUAUGAAGAUGUGAAGAAAUGCUACCGGGGCUCGACUGUCAGCAAGUACAACUCCCAGUACCACAAGCUGUUCCAGUGCGUGCCCAAGGACGAGAUCCUCAUGAAAGUGUACUCCUGUGCUCUCCUCAGAGACAUCCUGCUGCAAGGCAGACUGUACAUAUCCAGGAACUGGCUGUGUUUCUAUGCCAACCUCUUCGGCAAGGACAUCAAGGUAGCCAUCCCUGUGGUCUCUGUGAGACUGGUGAAGAAGCACAGGACAGCUGGUCUGGUUCCCAACGGUCUGGCCAUCACCACGGACACCAGCCAGAAGUACGUGUUUGUCUCGCUGCUGUCCAGAGACAGCGUCUACGACGUGCUACGGCGGAUAUGCACCCAUCUGCAGGUGAAUGGAAAGAGUCUGAGCCUGAAGCAAUACAUGGAGGAACCUGUUCUGUCUCUGCUAACUAAACCCCCGAUGAUGUCGUGGCGGCAGGAUGAGUUCCCGGCAGUGGAUGAGUUCCCGGCAGUUUUGAAGUGGCGCCGGAAGCCCUCGGUGGUGUCCGUGACCUCCACCCUGCCGGACCUCCUGGGGAACUCCACCAGCAGCCUGAGCACCGGGGACCCAGCCUUCCAGAAGGCUGUGCCGCUGGACGGUGAGCAACCACCAGAAGGAGCCCUGCAGACGGAGAGAGGUCUUCUAUCUGAGCCAACGGGCGAGUUGGGCCAGAUGGAAUACCAGCUGCUCAAGUUCUUCACCCUGCUCAUCAUCCUGCUCAUCCUGUCUUCCUGCUACCUGGCGUUCCGUGUGUGUAGUCUGGAACAGCAGUUGUCCUUCCUCAGCAACCCCACGAUACCGCUCCGAGAGUGGUAACUGCUGCUUCAGCCUGGGACACUUGCCCGCUGUCAGGGGGAUGUCUAUCCUAACGGGACCAAGAACAAUUUACUACUGCUCAGCACAGUGCAAAGUAAAUGUAGCCUAAUAACAUUACUAACCCUGGAAAAGGCAUUGGUAGAUAUAUCCUCUAAUUCUACACUGGACAAUGGAUCCUACUCUCCCAUCAUUAUUUCCUAACUAUGCAAACUGCCUAUUUUUUUUUUUUUUGGAAUACUGUAUGUGUACAGUAAUUUGUUAUAAAUCCGGUCUUCUCAUUUCUGUUUGUCUUAUUUUUUUGAAAAUGGAAACACAGGAAACUGGACACCUGUAUGAGAUGUGAAUUAAUGUAAUUUCACAAUGCAAAAGGAGGAUGUCACUAGCUUUGAUUCAUCCAUGAGUCAAUGCUGGAUACUUGUGACUGAUGGACACUGCAGAUGCAUUGCAGGGUGGGAAGAGUUUAAAGGGACAUUCAUUUCAACAUUCUCUUUUGCCCAUUUUUCAAGAUUGUUACAUUAAGGCUGAUUUGGGAGACGCUAGGGGGCAGUGAUGGAGGAAUAACCGUGUAUAGUCUUUGUUAGCUUAUUUUGUCCAGAAGUGAUGUUCUUUGUAACAUUCAUUGUAGAUGCAAGUUUGUGUUAGUUUUUAAAUUAUGUAACGGUUGAAGACACCAACAUCAAUGCACUUUUGGAGGGGAUGUCCGUUGUUUUCAAAUGUAUGUUCAUGUUGUUAGUUUAUGAGACUACAUUUAUCUAUAAUUUUUUUUGCUUGAUUCUAGGUACUGUUUGGUCCUAACAAAGGCUAUUAUGAAAGGUCAAAGGUAAUUAUGAAAGGUUGUGGUUAGGCCACAGAUACUUGAUAAUGAUUGGUGACAUUUCAUUGAACUGUGACACAAUCAACACCACUGGCGUUUGUGUUUCUUGAUGUGAAUGACGUGGCGAUGCUUGUCAACAGAUAAAUAUAUUUUAUUAUGAGAUGUCUAUUUUUAUCAUGCUAAUGUAGUAUCACUGUAAUUUGUGUCACUUGGUAUUUCAAAGGUUGCACAGAAGACUAAUCUAGGAAACUGUCCUCGUCCAUUUCAAUUUCAUAUUUUGUUUGCAAAGAAUACAGAAAUUCAAAACAAUGUAUUUUCUUUCUUCUUAACUGUUUUUUUUGUGUUUUGAGUCAAUGUUGUGCCAAUUUCGAUGAGGCUUAUUUAUUAGAUGUAUAUUAUCUUUCUCACAACAGAACUAGUCAUGGUGCUUGCUCAGUGCCCCCGCAAACAACAAAUAACAACAAACCCUAGAAUGUUGGCCAACUCUGUUUUGAGUUGUUCGCCAACAGCCAACCAAAAUGGCCCUCUGGCAUGAUGUUUUUGGCGUUUGUGCGGUUAGUGUACAAGCACCUUUUUAGAGUGGAUGCUAUAUGGACAAUAUGUAUUAAUGCACAUCAGGGUUAAUUAUAAGUUAGUUAUUACUUUGUUUCUAAUCAAUGUUCAAGAAUGUUGUAGGUAUUGAAUGGAAUUGGAAAGAAGUCACCUGGUUACAGACUACAGCUGUUUUGCUAUUUCAAAAGGCUUCAUGGAUACACAGUGCAAUUAGUCUAACUUAUUAAACUGACUGAGUGUUGUUUCUAGUAAAAUAAAUCAAAACUUUUGGAAAAA